UGUUGUGCUGUGGGAUGUGUUUCCCAUACAUUUGUUUAUUUGUGGCGACCCGCCACAAUAUCAAAACUGACCGAUUUUCCAAAAGGCUUCGUUGAAUAAACAUGAGCACAUAACGCACGUUUAAAAAUCAAACGAGGCGCAGGUGUUUUUAUAUCACUGUAUUUCUGAAGGAACACUGUCUUUAGAAAAUGUUCGAUGUCAUUUUCAUUUCAUCUUGCAUGUUAUAUGCCUGAUUAAGCAGCGUAAACUCAGCACUGCUUGUGUACAGCCCGACAGCCGUUACCGGGGAAACCUCUAGUUCUCCCGCUUUAAAGCGCCUCCUGCUGUCAGAGAAUGAAUUUGCAUUUUUAAUAAGUCCGUCCAAGUAGUUAUCGCUGAAUCUCAGUCCGUCGAUUUACGCAGCAAACAUAUUUUGUUUGUUAUCAAGAGGGACUUAGCUGUUGUUACUGAUUGUAUUUGGAUGUCUACCGGAAGUUAAGUUUGGGCCACAAAAGCGCGCAUGUGCAGUAACGUUUGUUUAUGUUGUUGCCUUUGAAACCGUCUAUAUAUAACACAUAAAAUGAGCUUCACCGGAAGAUUACGAGCUGGCUUGUCUUUAUCCGGAAGUUCUAAAUAGCGCUCUGUGCAUAUGGUCAAUUCCGAGUGAACUGCGAGUCUGCGAAGAGUCAUGAACGCGCGCCGUCCAGACCAACGAACGGCCAAGCCCUACCUGUCACGGCUACACCAGGCUCCACCCCCACUCAACGCUCCCAAUUACCUGAUUACUAACCAGCCACACCUGUCACGCAAUCACCAGCACACACAUAAGCACGCACUCAGCACUCACUCAUUGUCUGGUCUCCCUCGUGGAUCACAGAUGCUAACGCUACUCUACUCUCCAAGAGUGUAUUAUCUCCUUCCAAGGAAACUUCUUCGUCGCAUACGAUCUUCCAGGACAUUCUCCGUCACUCACCUGUUCUCCCGACUCCUGGAUCCAAAUACUUACCCCUCUGUGCUGUGUGUGUGUGAGUUCCAAGUCCGCUACUAAAGCUGAAAUAUCUUCAGUAUGCAAUUUCCUGUUCUUCUCUUCAUCUCAUCUGUUUCAGCAGUAGUUGGCAUGAUGAGUGUACAAGUUACCAAACCUGUGGUUUCCUACUGCCAUCAGGCUAUCACUCUGCACUGCAAUGUUUCUCUAUCUGAUGGAAAGGACCGUGAAUUCCAGGUUACUCAUCUGAGCUGGAUUAAAGAAUCAAAUAAAACAAUAUGCUCAGAAAGCAAGACAGCAAUGAACGGUUCCAUCCACUGCCAAUACAUGCCAAACAAGCAGCUGGUGCUGACUAUUGCCCACCCAAAAUCAGAUGACAUUGGACGCUAUAUCUGCAAACUCCGAUCCUCCCAUGGACAUACAAGUGCUAAUACCAAUGUGACAUUGGAGUGUCCUCAGAAAAUUGUCCAGAUAAAUGAAGAUGGAAAAAACAGAGUGACCUGCAAGGUUGAGAGGUCAAACCAUGAUGGACGUAUCCACUGGUUUCAUGGAACAGUCAAUUUAACAAGCCAAGCAACCCAGGUCAUUUAUCGUGCUGCUGAUGGAUCAUAUACAGUGGUUAGUUCUCUUAAUAACAGUUCAAACUGGAAAACAUAUAACUGUUCUUACUGGGUACCUCAACUCGAGCAAUAUAUAGCCAGCAAGAACAUUGUUAUGGAAUAUAAUACACAGUCUAAGACAAAGUCUUUCAGCAGUGACAGUUGCACUGGUCUGGUCUUCUGUUUGUGUCUCCUUUGGACUCUCAUUCAGCAAUAAUGGAAACAACUGUAGCAAUAACUCCAAAAAGUUAAUUUUGAACUUUAAUUCAAAUGAUCAAAUACAUUAACACACCACUCAAACUGUGAGUUUAUGAUGACUACUAUGGUGAGAAAAAAAAAGUGCUGAUAUCAACACAUUAACAAUGUAAUUUUAACUUGUAGUCAUUAUGGACACUGUGUGAAUGUUAUUAUGCAAAUUAUGCAUGUUAUUUGGCAAAAUGGUGUGAUCAAGUGUAUUUAUGUAUGUGUGUGCUUUUUAUUAGCAAUUUAGUGUGUUAAUUAUUACAUAAAAAUAAGAUCUCCCUGUGACAAUGUCUGACAAAUUGAAAAUAUAAGGACAAGGCAGAAUUUUACUUGUAAGACUGGGCCAUGCAAAAAAACAAUAAAACUCCGUAAUCUGGAGAGAAGAUCACAAAGAAAGACCGAAUAACACCACCUUGCCCAAACUUCUCUCCUUGCUUAUUUACUGUAUGACAUCUCUUCCCCCCCCAACCCAAAUCUUCCCUCUCACUCUUCUCCCCACUAGGCUCAAGAAGGUCUAUAUACCACAUAUGAUGUAUUUUGUGAAUCUGUAGUUUUUAUCCUUUAAUGUUUUGUAUAAUUUUAAAUGUCUCAGUGUGAUUGGUGAAAUAAUCUCAACUUCACAACAGUCACUUAUAUUGUGAGAAAGAUUGAAAAUUUAGAAGAAUGUUGUGCUGCUGAGGGGGUGUGUUCUCCUCAGGGUCUCUUGUGAGAAUGUUUUCCAAUCCCAGGGCCAGGCGUGACCCUCAGGUCAGAUCCUGACUAAUCUUUCAUGUUUUUACAACUAAUAUGAAGAUCUCUUUGUUCUGGUCUGGGAAUGUAAGUGUAACCCUGUUACUAGAAAACAUGUUUUUUUUUUUUGGGUGUGUGAAUAAAGACAUGUAUUUUGUAAUAUGUGUUGUUUGUUUAAGAGACUCGCGUACACAGGGAGUUCGGUUGUAAUGCACUUGUUUUAUAGACUGUAAAAAAAAAAGUGAAAGCCAAAGCAUCUCAGUAUGGCCACUGCCAUCGUGUGUAAAUGACGUCAUUUGGAGCCAGAGUCUGAGCAGUAGUGUCGUGAGGUGGAGCCGCGGUAUCAAACUCCCGCAGACCCAAUCAACCAUAACGACACGGCCCGUUUUUAUAGCAUCAAAUUACUAGCUAAAAUCAAACUUAUGACAAAAACGAACAAUUGAACAUAUAUCAGCGUGAUAAUAACUACCUUAAAUGA